UUUUCCUCGGUCCCUGGGACUCAGCGGCGGGUCUGCGUUUGUCUCCGGAUUUGAAUCCUCCUCCUUCUCCUCCUUCCUCGGGGAAGCUCCCCUCCCCGCCCCCUCCCCUCCCCCACCGCCUCCCUGCCCGCCCGGAUCCAGCCGGGCGCCCCGUGCCGCGGUCGCGUUGCUCGGCAGAGCUGCUGCGGGCGCUCGCCGUCUCUGCGCGGGCUUGGAAUAUGGUUGGGGAAAUGGAAACCAAGGAGAAGCCGAAGCCGAGCCCCGAUUACCUGAUGCAGCUGAUGAACGACAAGAAGCUGAUGAGCAGCCUCCCCAACUUCUGCGGGAUCUUCAACCACCUCGAGAGGCUGCUGGACGAAGAAAUUAGCAGAGUACGGAAAGACAUGUAUAACGACACAUUAAAUGGUAGUACGGAGAAGAGAAGUGCAGAAUUACCAGAUGCUGUGGGACCUAUUGUACAGUUACAAGAGAAACUAUAUGUGCCUGUAAAAGAAUAUCCAGAUUUUAACUUUGUUGGAAGAAUCCUUGGGCCCAGAGGACUAACAGCUAAACAGCUUGAGGCAGAAACAGGAUGCAAGAUAAUGGUCCGAGGGAAGGGCUCAAUGAGGGACAAAAAGAAGGAAGAACAGAAUCGAGGCAAGCCCAACUGGGAACACCUGAAUGAAGAUUUACAUGUACUUAUCACUGUGGAGGAUGCUCAAAACAGAGCAGAAAUAAAGCUGAAGAGGGCUGUUGAAGAAGUAAAAAAGUUACUGAUACCUGCAGCAGAAGGAGAAGACAGCCUUAAAAAGAUGCAGCUGAUGGAGCUUGCAAUUCUGAAUGGCACCUACAGAGAUGCCAACAUCAAAUCACCAGCCCUUGCCUUUUCUCUUGCAGCAACAGCCCAGGCUCCAAGGAUUAUUACUGGGCCUGCGCCUGUUCUCCCACCAGCUGCCCUGCGUACUCCUACGCCAGCUGGCCCUACCAUAAUGCCUUUGAUCAGACAAAUACAAACCGCUGUCAUGCCAAACGGAACUCCUCAUCCCACCGCUGCAAUAGUUCCUCCCGGACCCGAGGCCGGUUUAAUUUACACACCAUACGAGUACCCCUACACGCUGGCACCAGCUACAUCAAUCCUUGAGUACCCUAUUGAACCUAGUGGUGUAUUAGGUGCGGUGGCUACUAAAGUUCGAAGGCACGAUAUGCGUGUCCAUCCUUACCAAAGGAUUGUGACCGCAGACCGAGGCAACGAAUGAAGCAGAUCCUCAGCUUUGUUUCUGAGAGAAAAUAGGAAAUAUACCAAUGUGGACGGAAAGAAGAUAAAGAAUAACAAUAAUGUCAGAGUUUUGAACCCUGUACUGAACUGCAAAUUACUCUGGAUUUAAAUGAGCCAAGAAGAGGAGACAACCCUAAACAAGAGCAGCACUGUCAAGCCCAUACUGUGUUGACAAGAAGUUCAUCAAAAACUGUAGGCUGGAAUUUUAAGUGAAGAAAAUUGUAAUUAUCUCAGUCCUUGAAGAACUGGUUUACCAUAUCUCCCUGUUAUCUUAAGCAAGCUUGUUAAUUUCUCUGUUGGAAAUUUUUCCCUUCUUCAGCCUAAUUUGAAUUUCUUGUUCUUCUGUUCUAAGGUUCUGCCCUGCCCCGUUCUCUGCUGUCUUUCAUUUAACAGACAAAUUCUCCCUUCAUUAGGAUGGUGAGGUUGCUCAGGUCAUUCUUGGUAUAGAAGGGCAAGAAGCAAGACUUAAGGUCUAGAUCAAGAUGAUCAAAUGUGACAUUAUUUAGAAAGUCUUUUUCACCUACACAUGAGUCCAAGCAGAUGAAAGAGAACUAUUUUGAUACUGAGGGCACAAAUGUAAUGUUUGGAACACCUGGGUUUCAGAUGCUUCCUUCAUUUCUGAUGAUUUGUGCAGUUUUGGGCAAGACCCAUGCAGCCAAAUCCAAAAUACCACCAUCACCUUAAGUGAUGUUCAAGAUAUGGAGAGUGGUCACCGAGGCUUUCCUCAAAAGAAUCUUUUUCAUGGUCUCCCAGAAAAGAACACACCACUGCCUUAUCUUCAUUUUUUUUUUCCCAUUUCAAGCAACAACAUCAUCCGGAAAGAAAAACCCUGGUACCCAGAGACAAUAUAGCCACCUGAGUGCAGAGGGGAAAGCACUGGUCAGUAAAUCCCCAUCCUUCCACCACAGCCACAGGAACCAGCUGGGCAGCUUGGGUCCCUCUCUCUCAGGCGUGUUUCUCCCUGGCUUCACAUGCAUAGCACACAUGUGGCUGUGACUUUGCCUUUUGCAUUCCCCAGCCACCCAUGACGGAAGCUACUCUUUUACUCAAGUAUCUUUGGUGCUCUUGUUCUGAAUCUUUGUCCCUCAGUUUCCUGUCAGAGAAAUGAGGUUAACAGGAGAGCCCCAGUAGAGUGCAAGCUGUGGAUGGCCAGAUUUGAGUUUGUAGAGUGCUCGAGCAGUACAAUGCUGAGUGCACUCCAGUAUCAUCACAAUGUCCAAGUGUCUCACCAUCUUGAAUGUACUUGAGAAUAAAGCAUGAGAGCAAAACAAAAUACCUUUGAUUUCUUACUUAGUCAAACCCAUGAUGUAGUUUCCAGAAUCUCGUAGGCCAGCUGAGCCAGGUCUCAGACCAGAUCACCCCAGAGGGUAUCUACCAGUAGUGCUGUCUCAAGGGAUGGUCAUGUCAAGAAACAAUGGGCACAAGUUACUCCUGGGAAGAUUCUGGUUGGGCACAAGAGCACAUUUUUUACAAGGAGGACAGCAGCCAUUGGAAUAACCUCCCAGAGAAAUGGUGGAUUCUCCAGUUUUGGACACUAAGGUUCAGCUGGAUAGCAUACUAGCCCAUGGCUAGACCUUGUUUUUCCCAAGAAAGGUUGGACUAGAUGGUCUCUGCAAUCCCUUUCAACCUGGUAUUCUAUGAUCAUGUUCAUAACAAUCUGAGUCCCACAGGCUCACUGGGGAUGGACGGAGCUGCAUUCCCGUUUUUCCCAGUUGGCAAGUCCAAGGAGAGACAAAGGGAGGGAGAUGCAGUUGCAGGAAACAGCGCUGCCGUGUCUCAUCACCAGUGAAAUGUGGAAUUGGGCAGCACUGACAGCGCUUGAGACCUGGGAGGACUGAGAAGAAAAAUGGGAUUGUAUUGAAAACCUGCUUGGCAGGAGUGAGAGCUGCUCUGCAAUCAUGUGAGGUUCACAUUGUUCAACCCCCAGCAUAACAUACAACUUUUGAAAGUGAAAUGCCUUAAAAUAAUUAACUUUGAAGCAAGAACAACAGUUUUUGCAACUUCAGGCCUGUAGUUGUGAAUGGUUACAUUAAGGAUGGAAAUUUUUCAGUGAGCUUUCAAUUUGCUUUGGAAGGAGAGAGACAAAUACCAUUUGUGAGUGACAAUUUUGGGUUUCUCAAGAAAGAACCAGGGUUAGCAGGUAGAUAUAAAAUAAAAUCACCCAUCAGCCACAUCACUAACCUCAGCAAAAUCCAACAUUUACCAGUUUAUCCCUCAUCACACUCAACCACAAGACAGCUAGCAACCAAACACUGGGCCAACAGCAGUGCAGUGGAAGGUGGAGAAUUUACCUCAGGUGGAGAAUUUGCCUCCUCAGUCAAGACUCUUCCAAAAUUUUACCUUGGUUAAGUAAACAACUGCAUUUUACUAUUUGU